UAUCAAUUCGAAAUUACUGAUGUGGCGAACCAUUGGCGGGAAAAAAUGGAGACCAAAGUGUACCGGGUCGGGUUUUAAGAAAAUACGACUGCAUCGGCUCAAGUCUAAAUUCACGUGUAAACAUAUUUUUUACUGUGAACGCUCACGCCCAAACCGCACCCAACCCUUAGUUCGCGCCGAAAAUGCUCCAACCCUCAAUUGACGCCAACAUUUCUCCACCCAAGCAACAACGCAGCCCCACUGUAAUGUCCCAACUCAGGUGACGGCGUUGUCCCACAAUCGGCUUCUGAAUGAGCUGGAUGGUGACGGUCUGCGACAGUAGUUUGUAGUACGGUUGGCUUUGCCUUCGUGGUUAAAUGUUCGAAGGAAUGAUGGAGCUAGGAGAAGAACCAAUUCAAAUAUCGGACGACGAAUUUCUUGUACAAUCCAGUGAUAGGGGUAAUACCGAAAAUGUAGUCACAUUGGAAGAUGAUGUACUAGGAGAAGAUGGUAGGGCUGUGUUGGAGAUGGGAGGAGACGGUACAAUUGUACUGGAGGUGGGUAUGAAGUUUAAAAAUGAAAACGAGGUGUAUGAAUUUUACAAGAAGUAUGCGUAUAAUGUAGGGUUUCCAGUUAGGAAAAGGAAUUCGAGGAGGGGGGAUGAUGGAGUAGUGAGAUACAUUACUUUGACGUGUUGUCGUGAAAGCCAUAGAAGUAGUAAUACAAGCAGUUCUUUGAAACCGCAACCAACAAUUCAGACAGGUUGCAAAGCAAGGCUUACUGCUUCUUCAGAUAUCCGUGGAGUGUGGAGAAUUUGCAGAGUGUGUCUCGAACACAAUCAUAAAACAAGUCUCUCAAAGUCGAGGUUGUAUCGAUGCAGUCGAGAGUUGAGUGCAAAUGUUAAACGUAAGCUUGAAGUGAACGACAUGGCUCGAAUUCCUUUACACAAGAGUUUCAACUCUGCAGUUGUUGAAGCGGGUGGCUAUGAGAAUAUGACCUACGUCGAAAAAGACUGUUGAAAUUAUGUUGAACAAAUGAGAUGUUUGAGACUAGGUGUAGGAGAUGCCUCGACAAUAUAGUCAUACUUUUCACAAAUGCAGGCACGGUGCUCGGGAUUUUACUUUUGUAUCGACAUGGACGAAGAGUUACGGCUGAAGAAUGUGUUUUAGGCAGAUAACAAAUGUAGGCUAGCAUAUAAGGAGUUCGAUGAUGUAGUGACCUUCGAUACGACAUAUCUGACUAAUAAAUACGACAUGCAUUUUACUCCUUUCGUCGGAGUAAAUCAUCACGGACAGUCAACACUUCUCGGAUGUGGUUUGCUAUCAAACGAAGAUACUGAUAUAUUUGUGUGGCUGUUCAGGACAUGGUUGCAAUGCAUGAUUGGUGAACCUCCGAAUGAAAUUAUUAUGGAUCAAGAUAAGGCUAUGCAAAAUGCAAUUUGAGAUUGUCUUUCCAAAUACGAAGCAUAGAUUGUGUUUAUGGCAUAUCAUGAAAAAGUUACCCGAGAAGUUUGGGUACCGCAUUGACAAAGGUGGAAUAUUUUCGUCCAUACACGGAUUAGUGUAUGAUACGCAGCGUGUGGAUGAAUUUAAAGUAGGUUGGGAAAAUAUGCUUGAUACAUAUAACUUACAUGAUAACGAAUGGUUAUCGGUGUUGUACGAAAAUAGGGCUCGUUGGGUGCCAUGCUAUUUGAAAACGACUUUCUGGGUAGGGAUGUCAACAACACAACGCAGUGAAAGUAUGAAUGCAUUUUUCGACAGGUAUGUGCAUUUGAAGACGUCCUUGAAGCAAUUCGUUGAGCAAUACGAACAGGCAUUAAGUAGUAAAGUUGAAAAGGAAUUCUAGGCAGAUUUUAAUUCUUUUUCGCAAAUGGUGCCUUGUGCAACAAAGUAUGAAAUGGAAAAACAAUUUCAAGCAGUUUAUACGAGCUCAAAGUUUAGGGAAUUUCAGGAUGAGAUAACUGGGAAGGUUUAUUAUGAUGUCGUAUCUGCAGUUGAUAACCUUACGGAGAGGAUGUAUGAGGUUGAGGAGGAUGUCAUUACUGGAGAAACGGUGAGGAAGAGAAAGUGUUCUGUCACAUUUUGUGCAGACGGGUGCGAUGUUGUUUGCAGUUGUCACCUAUUUGAGUUCCGUGGAAUUUUGUGCAGACAUGCCAUAUCGGUGUUGAUGCGUAACAACGUCACAUCAUUAUCGGAUAGGUACAUAUUGAGGAGAUGGAGAAGAGACAUCAGUAGAGCCCAUACGAGGGUCACUGUGAACUAUGAUAGUCUGCUUAGCACUCCUAGCCAGUUGAGAUAUGGUAGAAUGUGUGAAUUGUUCGCUACAUUGGCCAAUAUUGCCAUAGAUGAUGGAGAUUGAACUCGUGCAAUCAUAGAGUGGAUUGAAACGCAAGCUAAAGACAUAGAGUCCACAAAGUCCGGUUGCGAAAGUAACAGCAUUUCCCAGCCUAGUCUUCAUUUAGGGUCACAAUCGAGAGCAUCGCAAGAUAUGAGCAGCGGGGCCAUACAAGAUCCUAAAUGUUCGAAAAGGAUAAGGGCGCCCAAGAAAUUAUGUGUUAAAGGUGCAUUGGAGUCGGGCUCCAAGAACGCAAGGGCGAGAUCGCGAGGGAUAAAGAACAAUGUUCAACCUGGUGCACCUUCCAUUCCAUGCCCGUCGCAAGUACAGUAUUUGAUGCCGUCGCCAUUUCCGUAUUCACAGGGCGAAGGGGAAAGUAACGCACUACCAUACCAAUUGCUGUCUUCGCAUGUCAGUUCCAUGUCGAGUUCAAAUCCUUUACCUAUUUGGCAAGGCAAUAUGCAGCCCUACUACCAUCUCGAUUUUCUACACAUGGGGGUCGUUGACAAUUUACUGAGACCGUCCUCAACCGGUAUUUUCCCGCGAGGAUUUUACACUUUGUCGCCUCCUCCAAGUGCUAUGGCGGGUUGGAUGUCGAGUGCCACAUACUCCGUUCCUCAAGUUGGUGUUGAUGGAGGCCCUUCAAGUGUUGUUGACAUGCCAAGCUCUAGAAUGCCGUAUAUAGUGGCGCUCAAUCCAUGGGUUGCACCUCCAUAGGGUGUUCGACUCUACCUCAUGAGAACAAGUGAAUGACAUAUUUUCACAAGCUGCAAGGUGGUCUUCAUGAUAUAGUUAUGUAUCAUACAUAUUCUUCAAGUGCAAGGAAUCAAGUUGGUUACCUGCCAGGAAUCUAUUGUUACAUCUGCCAGGAAUAUGUAUCACACAUAUUCUUCAAGCGUAGGAAUAUUUUGCUUGUUAGUAUCGCCAUGAAACCCAAAUCUCCAGCCUGGUUGGGAUUUGUUGGGAGGGGGGAUGUUGGCGACCUUCCAUAGUACUUAAGAUGGGAGAAUUUUACUAGGUCGCACUUUUCAACAGUUUUUCUUGUUCACUGGGACAGCUCAAUUGUCUAUCCUCAGCGAUGAAAAAACAUUCUUAUUCUUGCAGUUGAAUGGAUAACAGUUUUGUGAAACAUACCAGCAGAUCAUCUUAAUUAAUUAUCGAAUUUAGAAAGUGGAUCCUAAACAGAAGAAAGAGCUGGUUCUACUUUAAACUAUUUUUUAUACUUGCAUUGCCAGAUUUCCAUGCUAUUUUACUUGGUUGAUGUAUUAAUCAGCUUUCUCAAACUUUUCAGUGACAACACAAUUUGCCUGAUGAUGUUGAAGGACCCAAGAGAACCUGUAUUAGUUCAGGAAGAGCAUUGACUGAUUCAUAUACUAAGAUGCAUGUGAAAAAAUAUAGUAUUAAAAUGUUUUGAGCUAUAUCUUUCACAUUCUGUGUUCUAAAUUACUCUAUGCUUGCAGGAAAUCCAGCAGCCUCGUAAAGAUCAAGUAAAUGAACCUGCUUCUGCCAAAGGCGGAGUCACCUGAUGAGGGUUGUAUAGGCUAAACAUAUUGAAUUUCUAUUAUUGUAGUACAUUGAAAUCCGGAAUCAAGCUAUUUUGCCCAUGUGUCCUUUGUCAUGUAUUAGUAUAAUAUCUGCUUGUGUUGUGAGGAUACAUCGAUGUAAUUUUGAGUUGGAAAUGAUUGCAGCCAUUCGGUUAUUUAUACAGGAAAAGGAAUUG